AUGAAUUUUCAAAAUGUAAAUCCACUAAAUAAUCUGUUAAACUUACUCUCGGGCAAUCUGUUACCAGUAACGCCUAAUAAUUUUCCAAUAUUCUGGCAAAUAUACUGUGCUAUUGUAUCAAUACUGCAAGUUGUCCAUUUGACGGGGAUGUUUCUCGGGCUUAUUCUGAUAGCGUCGAAGAGAGCUUUAGAAGACGGUCUUAUUAGCAUAGUGAUCGUCAUAGAAGUCUUCAUUAUGUUGAUAUAUCUUUAUGCCCACAAAAAGAUGAUAAUACAAGUAAUCCAGAUGAUGAAUGAUAUUAUGCAAGAUGGGGAUGAAACGAUGCAGAACAUCGCAAACACAGUUCUGAAACCAGUAAUGGUGCCAUUUAAAUUACAUGGAAUGAUUAGUGUGAUAAUCACCUUUUUUUGGGGCAUACAGCCGGUUACAUUGAUCUUUGAAAAGAAUACUUUUUACUAUUCCGACUACAAUUCUCCAGCCGCUUACUCAACCGAGCCGUUUUCUACGAGCAUUUUCGUAUCAUCAAACAUUGUUAUAGCAACCGGCGCCGUAAUUGGCUAUUUAAAAAGAUUGAGCCUUGAUGUCUACAUGACACAUCUUGUAUUGUUAUUAACUGUGUUAUAUCGAUAUUUAGCGGUAAAACUUGCGAUGAUAUUUCAAAAUUCGGAGAACUAUUGCGAUAAAAAUAGUUCUAGGAUGGAUGAAUGGGCGGAAAAAAAAUUAAGAACAUUGUGUCGUUAUCAAAAGACUAUUGGACGCAUAUCAGUUCUGGUAAAGAAAUUAUUAUCUCUAAACUUUAGUCUACUUUAUGUGACCAGUGUUUUUAAAUUCUGCUUUAUAGGUAUUAUGAUAUCUACAGUUACAGUCGAAUCUUUCUUCUUUGUAAUCUUGAUUAUUUUGUUUACAAUGAGUUCACUAACACAAUUCUUCUUAAUAUGUUAUGCCAUACAAAAAUUAUCAGAUGCGAGCACAGAAAUAACAGAUGAAGCAUUUCAUGAAGGCUGGUAUCAGCUUAAACCGUCGCUACAGCGUAUAUUUCUGUUUUUAAUAUCUAGUAAUAUCGAAUGCAAGAUUUCGGCAAUUGAAAAAUUUAACUUGUCUCUGUCAUCUUUUAUAGCAAUCAUACAACAAUCAUAUUCAGUCUGUCUUUUGUUUUUAAGAUUUAGCUGGAUUGAUUAG